GAUGUAAUAUUAUGGUAUGUAACUAUUGUUUGUAUUUCACUCUCUAUGAUCUCACUCGUACUUGUUAUUAUAACUUAUCUUGUAUUUGGCGAAAUGAGAACACAACCAGGAAUAAACAAUCUGACCCUUUCCUGCAACCUGUUCCUUGCACAACUCGUAUUAAUGGUUGGUUUUGAUAAAACUAACCAAGUAACAUUAUGUAAGGUUUUAGGCAUGACUACUCAUUUCCUAUGGCUUAGUAUGCUAUUUUGGAUGAAUAUCUGUUCUUAUCACAUGCUCAAAGUUUUUGUUUUUAGUAAAUUUGUCAUUCACUCAUCAAACAGAAUUCUCAAACAAAGUAUAAUCUAUUCUAUAUAUGGUUAUGGUACGCCGAUUCUGAUAAUGACAACAACUAUUGUAGCUAAUGUUAUCGCCACGUCUGGAAGCCAUCUUGGAUAUGGCGGUGAUAUUUGUUAUUUAUCAAGUAAAUUAUUAGCUCUGUAUGCAUUUGUUAUUCCAUUAUGUUUUGUUAUUGUCAGUAAUGUUACUUCCUUUGUUUGGACUGUUAUUACCAUCCAUCGUGUGAAACAAGUUGGUAAACAAUCCGGAGAAAGAAAUAAUGUAUAUAUAUAUUUAAAACUAUCAGUGGUUACGGGGGUAUUUUGGACAAUAUCUUUAAUGUCUAACUUUGUUGAUUCUAUUGUUUUGGACUAUAUAUCUGUCAUUUUGAAUGGGUCACAGGGGGUCUUUUUACUUUGGUCGUUUGUUUUAAAUAAAUCAGUGUGGAACAAAUGGAAAAAGAAAUGUAGAAAAUCUGUACCAGCCGAUUCACCCACCAUCAUGACUUCAAGGAACACCAUAAUUUCAAACAUUUUACAUUAA